AUGAGUUCCUUAAAACAAUUCAUCCGCAACGUGCGUGCGGCCAAGACGAUUGCAGACGAGCGAGCCGUCAUCCAGAAAGAGAGCGCCGCGAUCAGAGCCAGUUUCCGCGAGGAGGGCCACGACCAUAGCAUACGGCGUAACAAUGUCGCGAAACUACUCUACCUCUUCACCCUCGGCGAGCGAACUCACUUCGGCCAGGUCGAAUGCCUGAAGCUCCUUGCGUCCCCGCGGUUUGCGGAUAAGCGUCUCGGUCAUCUUGCUACAAGCUUACUGCUCGACGAAAAACAGGAGGUCCUGACGCUGGUGACCAACUCGUUGAAGAACGACUUGAGCCACUCGAACCAAUAUGUUGUCGGACUCGCCCUCUGCACUCUCGGAAACAUCGCGUCUGAUGAAAUGUCGAGAGAUUUGUUUCCCGAGAUUGAGAACUUGAUUUCAACCGCGAACCCAUACAUCAGAAGGAAGGCCGCUCUCUGCGCAAUGCGGAUAUGUCGCAAGGUACCGGACCUGCAAGAACAUUUCAUCGAAAAGGCCACCGCGCUUCUCUCCGACAGAAACCACGGCGUCCUUCUUUGCGGCCUGACUCUGGUCACGAGUCUAUGCGAGGCGGACGAGGAAGAAGGAGGCGAGGAGGGCAUGGUUGAGAAGUUCAGGGCGUUUGUGCCUGGGCUUGUCAAGACGCUGAAGGGCCUUUCGACGUCAGGAUAUGCCCCAGAGCACGAUGUCACGGGCAUCACUGACCCCUUCCUGCAAGUCAAGCUUCUGCGAUUGUUGAGAGUGCUGGCUGUCGGCGACGCCCACACGAGCGAGCAGAUCAACGACAUCUUGGCGCAGGUCGCGACCAACACCGACUCGUCCAAGAAUGUUGGAAACUCGAUUCUUUACGAGGCCGUGCUUACCAUUCUGGAUAUCGAAGCCGAUUCUGGUCUCAGAGUUCUUGGUGUCAACAUCUUGGGCAAGUUCCUUACCAACCGAGACAACAACGUCCGCUACGUCGCGCUCAAUACCCUCAUCAAGGUGGUUGCCAUUGAACCCAAUGCUGUUCAGAGACACCGGAACACCAUCUUGGAGUGUCUGAGGGAUCCCGAUAUCAGCAUACGGAGAAGGGCUCUCGACCUGAGCUUUACCCUCAUCAACGAAUCCAACGUCCGGGUGCUCAUCAGGGAGCUGUUGGCCUUUUUGGAAGUUGCAGACAACGAGUUUAAGCCAACCAUGACUAGCCAGAUUGGAAUUGCCGCCGAUAAAUAUGCCCCGAACAAGCGAUGGCACUUUGAUACCAUGCUACGAGUCCUGUCACUGGCGGGCAACUACGUCAAGGAGCAGAUCCUCUCGUCAUUUAUCCGACUCAUUGCUACCACCCAGGAGCUACAGACGUACGCUGUGCAGAAGCUGUAUACCAACCUCAAGAAAGACAUUACCCAAGAGAGCUUGACCCAGGCCGGCGCCUGGUGCAUAGGUGAGUAUGGAGAUGCGCUGCUCAAGGGCGGGCAGUAUGAGGAGGAGGAGCUUGUCCAGGAGGUCAAGGAGGGCGACGUUGUCGACCUGUUUUCCCUCAUCCUCAACAGCAGCUACGCGACGCAGGUGACAACGGAAUACAUUGUCACUGCUCUCAUGAAGCUUAGCACACGAUUCUCCGAGGCCUCUCAGGUGGAAAAGGUGCGGCGCAUCCUGCAAACGCACCAGACCAGUUUGGAUGUGGAGGUGCAGCAGCGAGCUGUAGAAUACGGCAACCUUUUUGCAUUUGACCAGGUUCGCCGAGGUGUGCUUGAGAAGAUGCCCCCUCCACAGAUCAAGGAGGAGUCCAGAGUGCUGGGUCGGGCUCCUUCAAAGAAGGCCAAGAAUGCCAACAGAAAAUCCAAAAUCCUCAAGCCUACCGAGCAGGACCUUUUGGACAUUAUGGAUUCGCCGGCCGCCAUUUCUGCGCCCACAAACGGAUCCCAAGCAACGAACUCGGAUCUCCUUGCCGACAUUCUUGGGGGCGGAUCCCCGGCACCGCCCACGUCUGGCUCCCCUGGACCUCAGCAGUCCAACAUUUCCUCCAUCAUGGACCUCUUUGGCCCAGGGCCGGCCACCAGCACCCCGUCACCGGCCCCUGCUUCGGCCGGCCUGGAUAUCCUGUCUUCUGCGACAUCCUCACCACCACCACAGCAACCGCAAUCACCAGCAGCCCAGGGCCAAUGGCUUCCCUGCUACAAUGCCAAUGACCUCAAUGUGACCAUGCAGAUUCAGCGUAACGCGGCGGGACUCAUCCAGGCCGUGGCUCGAUUCCACAACACUGGAUCUGUUCCUCUAUCUGGUGCCGGAUUGCAAGCAGCCGUUCCGAAGACUCAGAAGCUGCAGCUCCUACCUAUUGCAUCUGAGGAGAUUGGACCUGGAUCAGAGACUACUCAGGUGAUGAGAGUAUCUGGUUGCAAGGGAAUGUUCUCACAGCCACUGCGAUUGCGACUACGUAUCGCAUUCUCUCACCCUGCGGCAGGGCAGGUUGUGGACCAGGGUCUUCAUGAAGUGCGGCUGAGUCGGAUAGACCAGGUCAAUGAGAGGGUGAGGCUGUAUCGCCUGGAUCUUGUCGCUGGCCCGAUCAAGUUCCUGCCUGGCCAAUGGCUCGACACGUACAUCCCCGGCGUAUCCAAAGCAGGCGGCUUCACAAUCACUUCCGGCCCCUCGGCCGCCCUCGCAAACACCUCGCCGUAUCUCGAGCUCGCGGUGCAAGAAUCGCCUGAAAACGAGCCUGCGGCUUGGCUAUGGCGUCUCGAGAGCGAGAUUUUGGGGGAGACGCUGCGUGUUCGCGUGGGCGGAAAGUUUGUCUUUCCGCCGGCGGAGGGGGCGCCAAAGAAGGUGGUUUUCGUUGCUGGUGGCGUGGGCGUGAAUCCUCUUAUGAGUAUGUUGAGUUAUAUCGCUGAGGUUAAUGGUGGGCAAGGGGUUGGUGAUGUGAGGUUUAUUUACGCGAGUAAGCUUCCGAGAAGUGGCAAGCUUUCGGAUAUCGUUUUCCUUGAUAGGAUCACGAAUUUGUUUGGGGAGGGUAAAGUAAAGGGAGAGGUGAAGCUGUUUGUGACGGCAGCGGGAAAUGCAGUAUCUCAGGAGACGGCGUCUAUCAACGGGGCUCAGGUCGAAGUGCUGCCUCGACGGCUUACGAUGGCGGAUGUGGAGGCUGCGAUUGGGGAUCGUGAGGAUCAAGGGACGGUGGUGUAUGUCUGUGGACCGCCGACGAUGACGGAUGAGCUUGUUGAACAGCUUGCAGUUAUCGUGGAUCCCCGGCGAGUUUUGACAGAAAGAUGGUGGUGA